GGGAUCAUAACCUAAUGGAGCAGAAUUGAAACCUGGGUUGAUGACGAGGCUCCUGGUAUCCCCGCGGACAUGCAGGGGGAGGCCUGGUUUCCCCAUGUACCUCCAUUUACGAGGCUGCUGGGGGCUGAAAAGUGAGCGGAGGUACCAUAUCCAGAAGCAUAAUUCUGAGCUUGUCCUCCUCCCAAACCUUGCUGCAUUGAUGAUGAUGCAAAGGAGGGUCUGGACAACGUCGAUUGCAUGGGAGGCUGCUGGUGUAGUGGUAGAUGUUGUUGCCGUUGCUCCUGUGGCGCUUGAUCCUGUUGUCGCGUGUUAUGAUGAGGAGAGUGUUCAGGCAAUAGCCGUUGCUAGGAUUGAUGGUUUCUUGCUUGGCGAUGUUGGGUCCCUUGUCCCCAUCCCUCACGGGAGACUCCUCCCCCAAACGAAGCCGAGUGAUUACCCUGAGCUUGGAUCAGGGGCUGACCCCCUGAAGAGGACGGCGGUUGGGAUGCGGGCGGUGGUGGUGAUGGUGAUGAUGGAGACUAAAUUUGACCAAGGCAAGCUGCAACAACAUGCUGGGUGGUGGAGAGGACGCCAAUUGUGGGCGCCCGCCGAAGGUACUCGAGGAGGCUGUGCCAUCCUGCUGCAUAGACAGUUUGAAGCGGAGAUCUUGGAUCAGGAUGCGUACAUAUGGGGACACUGGGCCUGGAUGCAGCUACGCAUGGGCAAAGAAACCUGGCUGUUGAUGACUGUCUAUGCGCCGUCUGAGCCCCGGGAGCGCAUAUCUUUUUUUGAGGAGUUACCAGCCAUAAUCCCCAACGCAGACAAUAUAGUCUUGGCGGGAGAUUUCAAUACCACGCUCGUUCCCGGUCUGGACUCCCCAGACGUUGCCCCCAGGAAAACAGAUGUUGUCAUGCUCUCUAACCUUAUGGCGGAACAAGGCCUGGUGGACUCAUACCGGACCACACAUCCUGCGGACCCAGGUUUCACCUGGUUCUCGUCGCAGAAGAUAGGCAACAGCCCCCCCCCUAAAAGGAGGCUGGACCUGGUCCUUACCAAAGGGGCAGCAUGGGAUGCUCUGGUUUCCAUCAGCUGUAUCAUUGAAACGGUCUCGGACCACCGCCCCUUGGUGGCGGUCUUCGAGCUUGUCAAUCAGCUCGAAAGAGGACCAGGUACUUUUCGCCUGAAUACAGAUCUUCUCAAUCAGCAAGGGAUCCUGGACUGGGUGGCAGCUCAUUGGCGGGAUUGGCAGCAAACCAAGAAUGAUUUUGAGACAGAGGAGUUGUGGCUGCAAACAGGACUCAGAAUCACUACCAGGGCUCUGGAUGUCUUCUCAAGGAUACAGGCCAGAGGUAGAAGACAACACGAACAAGAGUGCAGAAGGGAAAUAGCAGAAGCGGAAGUGGAACUCGAGGCGGAACCACUAGCAGAAAUUUAUUGGCAGCACAGGAGGGACAGGUGGCUACAAAAACUGGAAGAUUUGCAGGUGGAACAGCAUGUCAUUUGGGCUCAGAGGGCGCAGGAAAAGGGGGUAAUAAUUGCGGACCGUAUGACAAAGGAAACUUUUCAGCGCAUCUGCCCCCCGAGGCAGAAUGCGUUGAUUAGGGAACUUCAUCACCCCUUUUAUGCGGAAGCUGCACCGGCAAAGGACUCAUAUUCUAUUGGGAUGUAUGCGCUAACUUAUUUUCGGGACAUUCUCACAUCAAGGCGGGAGCCUGAUCUCUCACUGCAGCAGCUCCAAGAGGAGCACGAUCUCUGGCAGUUUACGGCAGUGAAACUCCCCCUGGAAGGCAGGCAAAAGCUGGAGGAACCCUUUACCCUGAAUGAGUUAUGGGCAGCGGUCAAGAAUGGAGGUGCUUCUAACUCUCUACGGGCAUCACCAAAGAUCCAAGGGCUGGACCUGGGCAACGGGGAGCAGAUGAAGACAGGCGCCAUCGCAGACGAUCUUCUGCUGGUCAUCGAAGCGGUCCCAGAGACGACCCGGGAGGUGAAAAGUCUGCUGGAUAGUUAUGCAGCCCUUUCUGUUAACUGGGAGAAGUCUGUUUACUUCCUCCCAAGUGAUUAUGAGCUCACCGGACAAGACUGGGGAAUGAGAAGAGUCCCACCGGACGUCUCGGAGCGGUAUCUGGGCGUUCAAGUUUCUCUAACCGAUGCUAGGCCCAAGCAGCAGACCAUCCUUCAAGCCCGUGUCAGCGAGCGAAUUGACUCGUCGGUUCCGCGAGAGCUGUUAUCGCGUUGGAUGUUGGCGUUGGCGGGAAGUAGCGGACGCGGUGGAGGAGAAGGGCGAGGAGGGAGGAGGGAGGAAGAGGGGGGUAAGAAUUGGCGGGAAGUAGUGGAGUGUGGAGUGGAGAAGCGGCGGGAGGAGGGAGGAGGGAGGAGGGGUAAGAAUUGGUGGGUUUCGAAGGGGAAGGAGCGGAGGGAGAAGAGUGGGCGGGCAUCGGCGGACGAGGUGGAGGUAGGGGGGAAGAGAGGAGAGGAGAGGAGAGGAGAGGAGGUGGCUUGGCUUGUGCACGCCUGUGCACACGUCAGCUUGGCAUCGAAUUAUUUGAGAGCUUCCUAUCGAGCGCACAUGCGCGCGCUCGUCGUUCUCUCUCAGUAGCUUUGAUUGGUUUGCUGCGACCCAUUGAUUGCCCCAGCGAACUGGCUGUUGGAUGCUCUCUUACUUCAUCAAUUGCCAGGGGCGAUUUCUCGGUCGGUC